UUGGUCAAGGAUAUUCUUUGUAGGUUUCCGUCUAAGGGUCCACUUUUCAACAGUAAUGUCGUCAUCUUAGGAGAUGAUGGAGCCCGAGCCAAGGGCAAAACCAAGGCGUCAACGCUCAGUCUCAUUACUGAUCCAGAUUCAGCUGAAACACAGAGACCUCGCAGGCAACGGAAGAAUAUUCUUCAUUCGAUGAUACAAUUCUUAGAUAAGGGUCAUUCGCAUGAGUUCGACGUGAGCUCUGCUUUUCUUUGCGUCUCUGAAGUGGAUUUGCGAAAAUACGAGCCGGUAUGGAGCUUUUUACCUCCAAUAUUGGAUAAAGAAGUGAAGGCUGCAAGGAGAGAACAGAUAAAGGAUUUUGUUGAAAACGCUUUAAGGAACGGACCAAAAGGUCUUGUGGCAGAGUUCAAAAAAAUUCCCAUGUAUGAGGACUUGACUAAAAUGAACGAGUUUCUCCUUCCGAACAAUCGUGGAAAGAAUCGUUACAGAGACAUCGGCUGUUUUGACGAAAGUCGAGUAAAACUCACCUUAGGAACGAGUUCAUACAUACAUGCCAACUACGUAUCGUCUCCAAGUAAUCCAAGAAGAUUUAUAUGCACGCAGGGCCCCUUGCCGCAAACAUGUGCAGAUUUUUGGUUUAUGGUUGUACAAGAGGAUGUCGAAGUUAUUCUGAUGUUAUGUAAUUUUAUAGAAGCGCUUAAAUUCCCGUUUGAAACAAACGCAAUAGUGGAAGUUACUACACUGGAUGUCUCUCUCCCCGAUUUUCCACUUCGUUCAUGCACUCAUUAUCACUGGGUUGAUUGGCCCGAUCAAGGAGUCCCACAAGCGGAUAUGGCACCGCUUUACCUCCUUUAUGUGCUUGAACAAAUAAGAACACCCAUCGUCAUACACUGCUCAGCAGGUAUAGGAAGAAGUGGCUCAAUGGUAUUGCUUCAAUAUGCGAUGGACGUACUCGGAAGGGGUGAUGUCCUUCGUAUGAUGAAUAUUUAUCUCGAGAAAGUCAGGACUCAGCGGAGUAAUAGUGUUCAGGACGUUGCCGAUCUCGUAGUGUCCCUGGAGAUCGGAAUCAGCAUGUACUACAUAUCGGAAUCAACAUGUACUACAUAUGAGAGCCGUCUGCGUUUGAUCGGCGUGACUUCAUCGGUCGAUCACUAG